AAACGCUCCAACAGCUCCAACAGCCCCAACAAGCCCCAAUAGCCCCAAACACCACUAGACUGCAUGUUACACUUAGGCUAGAUAUUCUUGUAAUGUCAAGGAAGGGCAAUUCCUUUAUUCUCUGCCUAUAUAAUAAGAAGCGAAGUCUCAGCGAGUAUCAUAUUUGUCAAUAUUCACUUACAACUAUAUAUCCACACUAACUUACAUUAUGGCCUCCAAGCAAACCGUUUUUCGUUUACAAAGCCGGCAUAGUAUUGUCGACUUUACCACGUCUACAGAGGAGAUACCUAAGGCUGCAGCUUAUGAAGUUCUUGUCAAGGUUCGCAGUGUUGCGCUGAACUUUCGAGACUUAGCCAUCGCUACUUCUCGAUACCCAUUUCCCGUCAAAGACAAUGUGAUCCCUGUUUCGGAUGCAGCUGGGGAAAUCGUUGAAAUCGGACCUAAUGUCCAAGGAUUUACUAUAGGCGAUCCGGUUAUCAUAAACUUCAACCCGCGCAAUUUAUAUGGCCCAAUGAAAGAUUGGUACGGUGGCUUAGGCGGUCCAGUGGACGGCGUUCUUCGGAAUUACUUGCCUAUCAACGCGGACUCGGUUAUUAAGGUUCCUAAAGAGUCUUCCUUGAAAGCUUCACAGUGGGCUGCACUUGUUUGUACCGGCACCACCGCUUGGAACGCUCUUUAUGGAAAUGUUCCUUUGAAGCCAGGCCAAACUGUACUGUUCCAAGGCACGGGCGGCGUUUCUAUCACCGGAUUAGUCUUGGCUAAAGCAGCGGGAGCAAAAACAAUUAUUACCUCAUCUAGCGAUGAAAAGCUAGCCUAUGUGAAAGAGAAAUAUGGCGUUGAUCACACCAUUAACUACAAAGUCCAUCCAGAAUGGGCUCAAGAAGUGCAAAAUAUCACCCAAGGAAAUGGCGUUGACUAUAUUUUUGAGAAUGGUGGAUCUGGUACGAUUAAACAAAGUAUUGACUGCAUCGCCUGUGGGGGCGUGAUAUCCAUCAUAGGCUUCUUAUCUACCGCCAAGCAAGAGGACAUGCCAGAUGUAGCUGGUCUUGCCCUGUCCAAAGGCUGCAUCGUUCGGGGAAUUACUGUCGGGUCGAAGCAAUUGCUUGAAGAAUGCGUGCGCUUUGUUGGUUCUCACAACUUGGACAUUCCGGUGGAGAAGACAUUUUCAUUUACUGAAGAGGGUGUGAGGGCUGCUUAUAAAUAUUUGUCGGAGGGUCAACAUAUCGGGAAAGUUUGCAUCGAUGUUGAAUAAAGGAAUUAGUCUAGUUCUGAGAUAUCAUUACAAAUAGACAUUCGCCAACGUGCACUGUGAUUGCCCAUGCAGAUUUCUCACUGAAGAUCUUCGACCAUACUUUCAACACAGCUAUGCCCAUAUGCCGGGGACUUUGAAACCAGGAUGGUGUAUCCAUGUGCUCCCAAUCUGCAGAAUCAACGG